AUAACCACCUCGCCUGUUGUGGCAAACGGGGCAGUUUUAACCAGCCAACACCAUUUGUGGAUUUAUGUAAAAGUGUCAGAAGCUCAGGAGAGCGAGGGGACGCGAAUUCCAGACUUUCGGACACCGAUCUGCCGGGUUCACCUGUACAGGCAUGAAGGCUUUUUUCCUGCUUGCCACAUUGCUGUGGUGUUUAACGGCAAGUUUCUCCUGGGCAGCUAAGAUUGUGGUAGUUCCUCCAAUUAUGUUUGAGAGCCACCUUUAUAUUUUUAAAACCCUGGCCUCUGCUCUCCAUGCUGAGGGCCAUGACACAGUCUUCCUGGUCUCCGAAGGUCGCGAGGUCCCACCUUCCAACCAUUAUCGUCUCCAGCGCUACCCUGGAAUCUUUAACAGCACCUCAGCCGAUGACUUCCUCCAAUCAAAAGUUCACAACAUUUUCUCAGGGCGUCUUACAGCACUGGAGCUUUUCGACAUCCUUGACCAUUAUUCUCAAAACUGUGAUGCCGUUGUUGGGAGUGCUUCUGUUAUGGAGCAGCUAAAACAUGAAAAGUUUGACCUCCUGCUCGUUGAUCCUAAUGAAAUGUGUGGAUUUGUUAUAGCUCACAUCUUGGGUGUCCAGUACGCAGUGUUCAGCACAGGACUGUGGUACCCUGCGGAAGUUGGGGCGCCAGCACCUCUGUCUUACGUCCCAGAAUUUAACUCUCUACUAACGGACCGUAUGUCAUUGUUCCAACGGGUAGCUAACACAGCAGUGUACCUGGUUUCCAGAUUUGGUGUCCGGUUCCUGGUUCUGCCCAAGUAUGAUCGCAUCAUGAGGAAAUACAACGUCCAGCCAUCUGUGUCCAUGCAUGAUCUAGUUCAGAACAGUCGACUCUGGAUGCUGUGUACUGACAUGGCCCUCGAGUUCCCACGACCCACUCUGCCACAUGUUGUCUAUGUAGGUGGCAUCCUCACCAAACCCCCCAGCCCCUUGCCGCAGGAGUUUGAAGCCUGGGUGAAGGAUACAGAUGAACAUGGUUUCGUAGUGGUGUCGUUUGGUGCAGGAGUCAAGUAUCUGUCAGAUGACAUUGCUCGGAAACUUGCAGGAGCCUUGAGCCGUCUUCCCCAGAGAGUCAUCUGGAGGUUCUCUGGAGUUCCUCCUUCCAAUCUUGGCAACAAUACUAAACUAGUGGAGUGGAUGCCACAGAACGACCUGUUGGGCCACACAAACACACGGGCCUUCUUGAGCCAUGGGGGCUUGAACAGCAUCUAUGAGGCCAUGUAUCACGGCGUGCCCGUGGUGGGGGUUCCACUGUUUGGAGAUCACUAUGACACCAUGACGCGAGUUCAGGCCAAAGGCAUGGGCAUAAUGCUUGAGUGGAAAAGGAUGAGUGAAGAAGACCUUUACACUGCUAUGGUUAAUGUCAUUACAGACACAAGGUAUCGUGAGCGAGCACAGCUGCUGUCUCAGAUUCAUAAAGAUCAGCCUGGUCAUCCGGUGAAUCGGGCGGUUUACUGGAUUAGCUAUAUACUGCGUCAUCGUGGCGCCGACCACCUCCGUUCUGCAGUCUAUGAGAUCUCCACCUACCAGUAUUUCUUAUUGGAUGUCGCUGUGGUGUUAGGAGUGUGCCUGCUUUUCCUUGGCUACUUGUUAUACCGAAUAGGCAAGUGCAUCCGGUCACGAAUGGUGCGCGGUUCAUCUCCGGAAGAGAAGGUGAAUGGACAUUGUCAUAAUGGAAUUCCAAAUGGCAAGCACAAAAGAAAUGGCCAUGUUAGAAGUACGGAGAAGAAACUAAAGUAAAGCACUAGGAGAAAUCAAAACUAACGCUUCACUAAAAAGAGGAAUUAACUACUCUUCACUCAAAGCAGGGCCUAUCCAGGAAAUAAAUAAAUGGGUCAUUAAAGAAACAAACCAACCAUUAUAACAACAAACUGUAAGUGGGAAGCCAAAGUAAGGAAGAAUGGAAGAAAACCAGAAAACAGAAACAGAAAGCUCCUGAGAAUAUAUAUUUUUUCUCCCCUGUUGAAUGGUGAUUACCUUCAGUUGUAGUCUUGACUGUUGAGUUUAUCCUUGUGGAAAAAGCCACAGUUUUGAAGUUUAGGACGUAACGAGAAGCUAUCAUGCUAGGGGGCAUCAGGUUUUAAAACAACAGAGAUCUAUAUCUAUUUAUAGAAAUGUCAUACUUUUUUGUGCGCUGAAUUUAAUUUAUGUUCUAUAUUUAUGUUUCACGCACUCCGUCCCUCCUUUGUUUUCAUUUCUUCGGGAAUAUUAAUUCUUGGAUGUUAGCAGCGCUAGCAAGCUAGCAUAUUUGCUAGUGUUUAUGCUGCCAGCCUAGCUUUAAUCUUUUAAUAGAAUUUUCAUUCUGCUAACAUACAACUUCAUUCCUUGUAGAAACAAAUCUGCACUAGUUAAUGCUGCUGGUUAUGCUAGCUAUGUAAAAUGCUAGAGAUUUUGAUGGAUGGGGAUAGUUAAACUUGAAACUUUGCUUCCAUUUACAUACCAUGGAUGUUUAUGUUUUGAAGUUUCAAUUCUAUCCUCAUCUUUACUGAAUGGUUUAUUUUAUUAAACAAAUCGUGCUUAGGAGGAACAUUUUAGGGGGGUGGGAGGUAUAUAGCAGGGUGAUAAUAUAAUUGGAGAUACAUUUGGCAUUUCAUAAAGUUAAGAAAAAAAACUGUUCACUAACAAAAAAAAAUUUUCAGUAUCUUAUUGAAAAUAUAUUACAUUUUAAUAAUUCAGUGCUUGCUUUUUUACUUUUAAUGAAAAAAAAACAGAUGUCUUUAUGGUAUUUUUUUGUCAACUCUGUUACGGACAAAUUAGGCAAUGUGUAGAAAUAACAAUAAAUCAUAACAGGAAAAAUCCUUCUUGUAUCAUUACACAAACAGUACUUACAUUACAACAUUUGAAACUGAGAUAAUAUUUAACCUAUGCAUACCUUAAAAACAAAAAAUAGCUAUAUUUUCACAGAACUGUCCACUUGGAGCAAAUCUUUUUCAUUUGAAAAUGUAUUGUAUACAAUAUCCAGUAAAAAAAAAAAAAAAAAAAAAAAAAGAGAGGAGAAAUGUUUUCGAAAUAAUAUAAGGGUACAUCAUAUCUCAAUGUUUAUGAGAUUUUAAGCAAAAAUUAAAUAGUUUUUUGGUGAAAAUAGAUCAUAAACAGAGUUGAACUCUAUUGUCAGCAUUGUUACUUUGGUAACAGAGUUUGACGGUAACAGAACUGACAAUUUCAUUUUAUUUUUGCCAAAAUAAAGCACAUGGCACUAAUGAGUAAAAUACCUUUAAAUAACCCAAUUUGUGAUCAGUAAUACAUUUUGUUUUCCUUUUGAUAUUGUGGUAACAGUGUUGAAGUUCAUCGAAAUAACGCUUUGUAUAAACUUUUGAUUAGAUUAAAAUAUUUUCUGAGAGAGAGCACACAGACUUUUCAGUGGUUCAGAUCUAAUCAGUGAGGUGAAGUGUCAUCAUUUCCUGUAUCUUACAUAGUUGUGGGAGAUAAUUCUACAAAUUUAAAGGCAAAAUAUAGUAUGGAAACAGAGUUGACGCGAUAUUUAUGGACACAAUUGUAUACAAUUUUUUUUUUUUUUUUUUUUUUUUUAAUUUAAUGUUGUAGAAUGAAAUAAAUUAGUAUUUAGGGAUUUUAUUAAUUAAAUGACUGAAAUAUUACAAGAAGAAAAGUAAAAUAAAAUAUUUAGAUUACACAAUGAUACAUGAUGGAAAAAAAGCUCAUUCGGACAACAUGAAAUCAUUAGCUUUUGAGCUAUUUAAGACACUUUUUACACAUUAUGUUGUUAUUGGCUGUAAGAUCUUGUAAUUCAUAACAGUAAGUAACAAAUUAUUAAAAUGAUACAAAAUAUAACCAUUUGGAAAAAAGUAAUGACUUUGGAUGCCAAAUGUAUCUGCAAUUAUAGAAUCACCCAGCACACUUUGUGUGUCUCGAUGUCACAAACAUUUUUUUCUUUAUUAGAAUAAUAGUAGUAUCAGACGAGUGUUGUUAUCAACGCAAAAGAUUGUUUGCUGAUAUUUUCCCAUAAAUCAAUAAGCAUAGAGUGACCUGGAGGAAUUUGGGACUGUAAUGAACAUUUCCCAUGGUGCUCUACUGGAUCUUUUAACCUUUUAAGCCAUUUUCAUCACUGGAAGUUCUGUUAAAGGCAAUAUUUUGGUAACAUUUCCAUCUAACAUUUAGUUGUGUGACUUUUCACCACGUGGCAAUAAACAGAUCUUCUGCAAUUUAUUUGUGCGUUAAAGUGCAUUCUAAGCCUCAGAGGUUUUAUUUUAAAUAAAUGCCACUGGACAACCUGUUAUAAAAUCACACGCUGUUUUUACAACUCAAUGUCAGACUGAACUGUUGCCAGUAAUAGUCUCAGUGUGAUAGUUUUAAAUCCACCUCAACACUGUUCAUAUAAUCCUUGGUUUUUUUUCUCCCACGUCACAAAACCGUCAAAUCACCUUAAGAUCGCAAAACCAAAAUAGCUUAGUGUAAAUGAAGAAUCACUGAUGUCCUAAUUUGUAAUUGUUUUUACCAUGAGCUUGAAAGCAUUUCUUCAGCCAAGCACUGUUUUAGACUGUCCAUACUUGAACAUACGCUAGCUGCAAUAUGGCUGCAAAUGCAUCAGAGCUAUGACUGGUGAAACAGUGACGCACACUCACACAUUUUAAACAUUAUACUUGUUUUCUAGUUGUUUGUUUUGUAUGAUUUUCAGUAUUAAUAUAAGAUGGUUAACAACAGAGGAAAAAGCUGCAGAUGGACUCUAACCUUAAAGGCAGUGUGUGUGCGUGUGGUAAUAGAUUGUUAUUUCUUACAUAUGUGAAGUGUGUAUGCAUGUGUAUUUGAAUGGGGUUGCUUGAGCCUUCUUGUGUCCAGCUUUCCCUUUACAUACUGAUCAUUUAAAACCAAUGUUCCAGUUUGCUUACAGUGCAUUGAAACCUUUCUUUGCCUCUCAUAUGCUGUUUCCUGAUAACGUCCUUGUAGAAGUAGUUGUUAAAAAGUGCUUGAAGGAGUUUUUUUCAUAAUGAUUUAAUGUGUGUCUGUGUCAUGUAAAUAAAAAAGACAAACAAAAACACUAAUGGUAAAUAAACAUUAAAUAUUUUGUUUGCUUA